UGUUUUUUAUUGUGAAAGCACCAGAAACCACACAAAACUUAAAUAAACCCUUAUUUUUGUGGAGCCUUAAAUAGUGUACCAGAAGUUUUUAAUUUAUCACCUACACUUCCCUAGUUAUUUGAAUGUUUAGAGCUGACAAUUGCACGAUUUCCCCUUGAAAUGUCCCUGCAAACGGGCUUGGUUUUCAUUUUCACGAUAUUAGCCUCUGUUAGUUUCGUCGCAGCCAUUAUUUUGUUGGGCUGGUUUCUCAUCUGGAAGGCUUUUCUUUCAAAGUUUCGUCUCGUGCGCGAAUUGUUGGGUCAGGAGGAACCGGAGGAGCAGCAGCCACUUGCCUGGGAUCACCACCAGAACCAACAGCAUCCACAGCAGCCGGGCAGAGCGAGGAAAGUUCGCCGAGACUAGCAGAUACCAACCGUC